AUGAAACCAAGUGAGACCAAAAGUAAAAAAAAAGAUUACGAGGUGUUCCUUGUAGCUCUGCUAGCAGCAGUAGCAUCCAGUGAGCCCCCAGUAGGAUACAACUACCAGCAACCAGCCAGGCACAACAGCUACAAUUCACCAACCAACAGCUAUUUGCCGCCUACCACUGAUAUAGAUUUAGCCUGUUUGUUUGCUUCUUGCAUUAACCAUUCGCUCAUCUUGACGACGAAGACUCGACUGGUAGAAAAUGCCCAGGCUAUUGAGUCCGCCUAUGUAAUGUACCCAUUGUACAUGAAGUUUUAA